UCAUACUUCAUUUUUUCCAAAGAAAUUGACUGCAAAAACCGUGGACGAAGAUCCUGUUGCUUGUCAACGUUGGAUCUCUAGAGAUCUAAUCAGCUAAAAUAUUAAGAACUAAAAACGAGAAGUCUAAGGGCCUGUUUACAUGGAGGUGGGGGACCCCAGGUAGGUGAGGUAACCUGCUUUGGUGGGUAACCCGCCUGUCCGCAUAAUCUCUCAUUUUAAUUUGAUCCCGUUUACAUGAUAGGUGGGGUGACCCGCCGCAUACCUAUCUGGGGUCCCCCACUACUGCAUACCUGAUAACAACGUUUAUGAAUAACUAAGGUAGUGCGCGCGCGCUCUGAUUGGCCGAGAGAUGUGUUUGCAUGAGAGUAUGUAAACAUGUGUGGAGUCAAGAUGUUUUGCUGUUCGCGCGCUGACCACACAAGCACGAAUUUUAAAAAGGUUUUGAGUUGAAAACUCGACAAAGUUAGUUUAUUUACCCAUUCUCUCGUCGGAUGAGACCUGGAAAAUCCUUACAAAUAUGCUGUGUCAAUUUUUUUUCGCUUAAGCCGACAUUUUAAGCGAGAAAAACCCUUUUUUGGAAAGCAUCUUUAUUGCAAAACAAGAACUGAUUACACGUACAUUAAGCUUCGUGUACAAGACUUCUCGACUGGUAAGAAUUUCUUUUUUAAUCAGUAACCUAAACAAAGAGUUUUUCUUUUUUCUCGGGAAAGUUAUUUUAUAACAGCAAUAGAAAACUUUUUUCCUGUGUUUGCAUAGCCUGAUAUAAACACUCGAGGAGUUGGGAGAAUUCUUGACAGUUACGCAAACACGAGAGGAAGUCGAGGGUUUGCAUAACUGUCUCGAAUUCUCCCAACCCCUCUAGUGUUUAUAUCAGGCUAUGCAAACAGGAAAAAAGCUUUCUAUAUGCUUAAAUAUUGCUUUUUUAGAAAAAAUACUGUUACUUUGCCGUUUACGAGCAAUUUAUUUGUAAACGUUAAGUUUCACAGUGCAUAAGGAAAUGUACGAAUUUACGCGAAUUAGCGCCGCGGCGUUUAUUAACUUUUCUUCCAAAAAUGAAGCGCUUAUUUGAGAGCGGAGCUUAAUACCAUGGUAAUACCGCUUAGUACCGUAUUUACACGAAAAAGCACCGCGGCGCUUAUUUGAGGGCGGCGCUUAUUGGAGUAAUUACUGUAAUUGGCAACUUGAGAGUUUAUUACAUUUAGGGCAAAUUGUUAUUACAUUUAAGACUAUAUUACAUUUAGGACAAAAUGCUAUUACAUUUAGGACUUUAUUACAUUUAGGGCCGUUUAUUACAUUUAGGCCUUCUACAAACGCACUGAUGGUGUAUUUUUUCAAAGCAGAGAAGACGUUUUCAACAUAGUAGUUUAUAGCGUAAUUUAAUAAACACAUUUGGUUUAAAAUUCUGCCCUUGCUUUUCACUUGUCGCUAUUUACCUGAGACAAGAUGCAUUGACCUCGCAGAUUGCAGGCAUUUAUGUCGAAGCAGGGGUUUUAUGAACGGUGCUGGGCAAGUAACCAACGUUCAUGACUGCAGUGGAGGCAAUGUUACAUAUAUUUGGAAGUGUAUACCAACAACAACUACUUAUUUGUAA